ACCACACUUAUAGACACGCCCCCUCCACCAUUGACCCCACGACAGAUCCUACACCAAGCACUCAAUCGCAAUGGCUGCCUCAGGAACUUGCCAACACUCUUUCCAAGUCAUCAAAUCAGAUACGACCCUGAUAGUAUGGAACUGUCAGCUGUGUCACUCCGGACCACACUGGUAUAUCUACGAAUGUCGCAAUUUGUGUAAAUCUGGGCCACAGCAUUCUGCGUCACCUCGACGAUCGGCAACGGACCUACACCAUAUUCGUGCAACUAUCCUUUCUGGCCACCUCAGCUCUCUCGUAUUAAUGAGCACUUUCCGCUUCCUCAUUCGCUGCUUCCUGUUGCAUAGUGGCCUCAUAUAUUCUACUGGAGACCAUCAGCUUGUCUGCCGCGGCGUAUCAGUCCCAAUCCGAUUCCAGUCCAGGCUUUCGUGUCUUACGGCACUUCUACUCAACACAGUUUCCCCCUUUCGGAUCGUAGGCCCCGUGUCUUGCAACGAGCAUACCGCUCGGCUCUGUACUUUUACAGCCUGGAGUCGUCAAACAUUCUAACUUAAGCUUUUCUUUCACUUUUAUUUCGCUGUUUCAAGGCUAGCAUUGGUGGCCUUCGUCCCGUCACUGGCUUGACUUUUGUCAUGAUGC